UCCUUCUUCAACUCCUUGGUCUAGUUCGUGAGUUUAAUUCAUACACAACAAAAACAUCUGUCAAUCUUGAACAUAACAACUUACCGUUUCCCGCCAUAACGUUUUGUAAUAUGAAUCCAAUGAAACAGGGAUACAUUGCUAACUUCACUAAUAUAAGUGAAUUAAGACUGUACACACAAAAGGCAAUUUAUUCUGCAAUAUUUUCCAAUGUACCAGAAGACGAAUCGUACAAUAGCUCUAAAGACAAAUUUGAUGAUUGGAAAACAAGAUUUUUGACAGAGUUUGGAAAAUUAACUGAUGAAGAACGAUUACAGGCCGGACAUCAAAAAGAAGACUUUAUUCACACUGCAUCAUUCUCUGGUGGCAAGUUACCCAGAAGCAAAUUUCAAACAAUCCUGUCCCGAAUGUUCGGCAAUUGUUUCACACUUGACGAUACUGACGUUGUCGCUCGUGGAAGCGGUCUUAAAAAUAGCUUAUAUAUAGUUCUUAAUAUAGAAACAGAAGAAUAUCUUGAGCAAUUUACAUCGUCGUAUGGAAUUCGCAUGGUGAUACAUGAAAAGGGUACAUAUCCUUUGCCUGAGAAAGAAGGAAUAACACUUGGCUUUAAAACAGAAACACAUGUGGGUUUGCGUGUGACCACAAUGGACAGGCUUGGUGGUAAAUACGGUAAGUGUACGGAUGGUCUAGAAUUUCGUGCGAAAUACAAGAUGAAUUACACAAUACCUUUAUGCUACUCGUUAUGUGAAAUGGAACAUACAAUAAAAAACUGCAAAUGUCGCUUAAUGUCCUCAUUAGGCACAGUAAAUCCAGCAGGUGAGCGAUAUUGUGAUUUUGAUGAUGACGAAGAAUGCUUUGAAAAUGUCUCACAACAGAUUCUUAAUAAAAACAUACGUUGUGACUGUUUUAGCCGUUGUGAACAAGUAGUUUACUCAUCAACCGUUUCAAGUAGUUCAUGGCCACAUAAGUACUAUCUGAGAAAUGUCUUGUUAACUGAUAUUUGUAAAAGAAAACCGGAAAGUUUGGAACAUAUAGGCGACCCGUCACGACAUAUUUGUGACAAGAUCACAGUAAAUUUUGAAGGAAUGACUGAUGCAGAAGUGGAUGCUAUAUCAAGAAAUUUUCUGGCCGUGUAUAUUUAUUUUAAAGACUUGACAUACGAAGUGAUUUCUGAACAGGCCAUGUACAACACAGAAAGGUUUCUGUCUGAUAUUGGUGGCGCCAUGGGACUGUUUGUUGGAGCCUCUGUACUUACAUGUGUUGAACUUUUACAAGUAUGUCUGGAAAUUUUGCUAUGGUUCCGACGUCGAAGACAUACUGAUAAUUACAAGUUUUAAGUACCAUAACCAUAUUCUUCUGUUGGUUGCUCUAGGUAAACAUACAACAUGCUUGCAUUGUUUUUUCAACGCAUUUUGCCAGGCUUUGUGCAGAGAUUUAGGUCUCUAUGAAAAAACAUUUGUCCUGUUAUGAAUUUUUAAAAUAUUGAGUCUGUUCUAUAUAAAAGUUUUAUGUACCGAAAUAAUUAUUUUAUAUAUUAUCAGUAUGAAUGUAUUAAUGUGUCUCAUAAAAUGUAAUGUCGGCUUCUGUAACAAAACUGUUUAUCAGAUUCCUGUUCCAUUGAUAGGUGCUAUCUGAUAGACCUAAACAUGGCGUUUAUUAAAGUGUAUAUAGCUAUGUAUUUGCUGCUGUCUGUGUAUUUAUUGUGAUAAAAAAGAAUCACAAAAACGAAAACAUAGAAUGAAAGAAAAUUGUUAGUAUAUUUUAAUGAAAGCGAGCGGGGCAUGAUUGAAAGCAUCGCAAUGAAUGAUUUCAGACGUAAUUAAUACAUUUUAACCCUCUGCUUGAA